UAUCAUUUUUAUCACUUUCGAUUUUAUUAUUAUUUUUCUAACACACAUACUGCUCCCCUUCGAAGAAUAUUUUCUAUUAUUUAGGAAGGCCUUAUUUUCAAAAGAAUUUUUGUGUUGAGCUAAGCAAGACUCACACUUUUUAUAGUCAAUUCCCCAGCAUGAAAACCCAAUAGGCAGCCUACUUAAUCGUUACAAUACAUAGUAAGCCUGACCAAAAAAGUCAGUGGACGGCUGCCUCGCCCCAACAGAUUUUAUUUCUCCCGUAAAAUACGAGUAAGGUGAAACCUACAAAUUAAAUCAUGAUUUACGGCAUGCUGGUGACACUCUCGAUGGCAAUCUAUACUACGGUGGCCACCCUUUGGCAGGUUCAACAGAUCCUAAUCAAUUGGAUGAUGUCGUUUAGUCUUUUCAUUUUGGGUCUGUUCUGCAAGCCGUAUUUGAUAGUUCCCCUGUUGGCAGCUGGGUUCUUCAUGGUGCGCCGGAUCUUGCUGCGGCGGGCAAAGCGGACCCAAUCCUGGAAAUCGCCGGGUAACAACGAGUCUGGGUCGUCCAGGCAUUACUCCAUUAAAACCCCACCAUCACGCUACACGGAGAGCUCCCUGUCCAAUAGCGUCGGUGACACAUCCCAGAAGUAGUCGAGCAACGGAUAAUCACACGAUUCACACGGGUUUAUAAACAUACAUACGUCUGAAAUACUACAUACACAUUCCAUGCGAACACUCAUACAUGUGCACGGGUGUGGAUGGAUCCUAAGCCUAAAGCAAUUAAAAAAUACUGCACUGUAACAUCGUUUCAUCCAAAAGAAUACUAGGACUUGAGCAGAGUGGGGAUGUCUACUUUGCGCAGAGCGUCUCUUGCUUUUUU